GUUAAUCCAAAUACUCCGUCAUUUAAUCUUCCCGUCUUCUUCAUUUCCCAAUGGUUGAAGCUCUGUCGCCUUCUUCUUUCGUUGAGAUGGGGAAUCUCCUUCGCCACCUUCUUAAUUCUUCUUAGUUCGCAGAUGAAUAUGUCCAUGUUCUCUCUGUCGCCAAUAGUCAUUCAUCAAAUCGAUCUUUUUCUGUUGACUCUGGUUAGAUCUCUUUUUUUGUCAGCAGCUCCGUCGUCUUCUUCAUCUCUAGGUUUUGGUCAAAUCCAUGACUCUAAUCUGAUCUCCUUUUCGUUGCCGGCGUUGUUGACGUUGACUUGUUUCUAACCGGUAUCUGGACAGAUCUCUUUGUGAUAAUGGAUUUGGUUAGAUCUUCUUGCGACUCUAUUCAUAUCUCCUUCGUCAUGGUCGUUGCCGCCAUCGUCGCCGGUGUCAUCCUCUUAGUCACUGUUGCCGUCCCAUUGGAAUAGGUGGCUGGUGGCAGUGAUAAGAAUAAUUCGGUGAGGGAGGAGUUAAAUUGAUGGGUAAAAAGGUCAAUUGGACACUUGAAAUUUUACUAAAAAGGGAAAGUAGACAAAAACAAUGAGACAACCCAAAAAGGAAUACUGGAAAAAAACACCGGGAUGAAGGGAGUAGUAACUAAACUCUUUUCUCUGGGCACCUUAUCUUUUCUGAUAACUUGGGCAGCAUUUUCAUGAAGCUGCUGGAUGUUCUCUGCUUUCAAUUGUUGUGGACCACAUAUUUUUGUGUAUAAAGGAUACUGAUUUCCAGCUUGAACUAUUGAUGCAGUCCUUGUUCUUUUCUCGGGCUAGUCUCAGUGAUGGUGAAAAUUCUAAAUAUUUGAGUAGAGUCAUGAUAGGCGGAUUGUUUCUGAGGGACACUUUUUUGCGUCCACCAUGCACCCUAGUGCAACCACCAAUGCAGGCUUCUUCAGACAAUGUGCUGCCCAUUCCUGAUUUUGGUAAAAAUUUUUGUUCUCCAAUAUAUCCUCUGGGAGAAACACAGUGGCAAUUGGGUGGCGGCACUCCUUUAAUAUCUCUCCAUUCUCUACAGCUCAAGCCCACCCCUUCCCCACCUGUUUUUGCUUCUCAAACUGUCAUCCAUUGUCAGCCCCUCAUGGUUCAUCUUCAGGAAGAUUCAUGUUUGAGGAUAGCUUCCUUUCUAGCUGAUGGAAUUGUAGUAAGACCUGGUGCAGUUUUACCUGAAUUCUCAAUUGGCUCCCUCAUGUUAAGUCUUAAGGGAUUGGAUAUCACAGUUCCCAUAGGUGUCGGGAGACAAACUAACAAUGAAAUAAAUACCCGAACUUCUCACAGUUUAUUUUCUGAGACCAGACUCCAUAUUGGAGACUUGUUUUUCUCUGAGUCACCUAUGCUAAAACAAAAUUUACUAAACCUCGAGAAGGAUCCAGCAUGCUUUUGUCUUUGGGAAGGACAACCCAUUGAUUCCAGCCAGAAGAAAUGGAGGGCUGGUGCUUCUGUCAUUAGUUUGUCUCUAGAAACCUGUAACCCAUCCACAGUUCAAAGUACUUCUACAUUGUCUUCAGAUUCAUGGAGUUGUGUCGAGUUGAAAGAUGUGUGCAUGGAGCUUGCAAUGGCCACUGCAGAUGGAAGCCCUUUAACAAAUGUACCACCUCCAGGGGGUAUUAUUAGAGUUGGAGUUGCUUGUCAGCAAUAUAUGUCCAACACUUCAGCUGAGCAAUUAUUUGCUGUUCUUGACCUUUAUGCAUAUUUCGGGAGGGUCAGUGAAAGGAUUGCAAUGAUUGCACAGAACAACCCACUAAAGGAUAUGAGAAAUGAAUCUUUGGGUGUAUUAAACCAAAAUGUUCCUGGCGAUAGUGGUGUGUGCCUGGCUGUGAAAAACCUGCGGCUAAGCUUUUUGGAAUCUUCUCAAAGUAAGCUUGGAAUGCCAUUGAUUCAAUUUUCGGGCAAUGAGCUAUUAAUUAAAGUUACUCAUAGAACCUUGGGUGGUGCUGUUGCCAUCUCAUCCAGUUUAGUGUGGGAGAGUGUUCAGGUUGAUUGCACCGACACUGCACCUAGCUUGGCAAAUCAAAAUGACCAGGUGUUAACUGCAAACCCCAAUGCUUAUCUGGAUACAGAUGUAUAUCAGCUUAGGACUGUUUUUUGGGUGCAAAAUAGUAAGAACCGUCAAUCAAUUGACAAGGUUAUGUCAGUUCCUCUUUUGGAUGUAAACAUGGUGCAUGUAAUACCAUUCAACAAGCAAGAUACAGAAUCUCAUAGUCUGAAUAUCUCAGCUUGCAUAGCUGGAGUUCGACUUGGUGGAGGAAUGAAUUAUGCUGAAGCACUGCUCCUAAGAUUUGGGAUUUUUGGAGCAGAUGGAAGCCCAGGAGAGGGGCUUACUAAAGGAUUAGAGCAUUUAUCUGCUGGGCCUUUAUCCAAACUUUUUGAGUCAACACCUCUAAUUGUGAAAGAGCUUAAAGAGAAUGGAAGCUUAGAUGGUGGAAAGGAUAGUGGUAUCUUGCAGUUUGGCACUCCUGAUGAUUUGGAUGUGUCCAUAGAGUUGAAAGACUGGUUAUUUGCUCUCGAAGGUGCGGAAGAGUCAGCAGAGAGAUGGAGGCUCCACAAUCAUCAAGACUCUUCCAGAGAAGAGAGGUCCUGGCAUGCUUCUUUCCAAAGCAUCAGAGUCAAAGCAAAAGGUAGUCCUAAGCAAAUGGGGAACAGAAGUUCAAGGCUUUGUGGAAAACUAAAACACCCAGUGGAGUUGGUUACUGUUAGUGUGGAAGGUUUGCAGAUAUUAAAGCCACAAAUUCAUAAGGCUGCCAAGCAAGGUGCUCUUGUGGAUAGAGAGCUCAAACAAGCUUCUGAGACAUAUGCUGGUGUAAACUUUCAAGUUGACCUAGUUAGCUCAGAAGAGAAGAUUGAUGAUAGAAUGGCAAAGUGGGUAGUGGAGAAUGUGAAAUUCUCAGUAAAAGAACCGAUUGAAGCGGUUGUGACAAAGGAUGAGCUGCAAUACCUCACUUUUUUGUGCCAUUCCGAGAUCAAUUCUAUGGGUCGGAUAACUGCUGGAAUCCUACGGGUACUCAAAUUAGACGGUUCAGUUGGCCAAGAAGCAAUGAGCCAACUAAGUAACUUAGGGAGCAAAGGCUUUGAGAGAAUAUUCGCUCCUGCUUCCAAUAGUAUAAGUCCGCCUUCCAUUGGAAUUAGAAAUCCUGAUUUGGAUGCUACGGUGGCUUCUCUUGAAGAGUUGUUCUUGGAAACAAAGGGGAGGUGUGAAGCUCUUGAGAAGGAGUUGUGCACCAAGCAGCAGCUUGAGAGUUUCAUACAAAUGUCUCAGAAACUGGAAAGUAUGCAGAAACUCUUGCUGCGAUUGAGGACCGAAAUUUAGUUAAGUAUUGUUUGCAAUUCUUGUCAUGUACUAUCAUAUCAUGUGUAGUUCAUCUCCAACAUUCUUUUCGAAUUUUGUAUUCAAUACAGAUGCAUAUGUAUAGAUCAAUUAAACUCAGAUACAUUUAGGAAAUGUUUUUGAAUGAAAAUCUUAUUGGUGA